GACGUACAACUGCCGCGUGCACACGCCCACAAGAGCCUCGACACGUGUGCCAAUGAAGGCUGCGCGACGGGCAUGGACAACGAGGAAUGCCAAUGUGGCUGGAAUGCUCCGAAGGAGGGCUAAUCGGGUUAACAGUCUCGCCGGCUUCAUGAACAACAACAACAGCAGUCCUGGCACAUCAUGGGCAGCAGGCACAGUAGAUGCCAGCAGCGCGGUACGCUGCUAUGGGAGGAUUCCAAACGUUUCUUCGUCGACCCAUAUUGUGCCAUCCAAGGAGGAGGAGGUGCUACCGGGAGCGUUCAAAUCUCCGAUAACGCAGGCACUGUGGGAGAUUCGGCGUGCGGAGAUGGAGUUCCAGGAGAAACGAAGAGAGGCUGGGGGAAGGCCUCCCCGGGAAAACCUUCGCCCGGUGCCACCGUCGCUCAGCCGCAGCGCCAUCCACUACCCCUUCUCCACCGACUCGUUCCUCCGCGAAGACUAUCGCAACCCAGGGGGCCUCGUGCGGAUUGGGAGGAUCCUUGAGGACUUGGACGCGUUGGCCGGGAACAUCGCUUUCAAGCACUGCUCCGAAGACCCGUCCUUUCCCCUGCUGGUCACCGCCUCCGUAGACAGGAUAGUCUUGCGUAGGCACCCGGAGCUUGACUGCGACAUCACCUUGAUGGGCAGAGUCGUGUGGACGGGGAGGUCGAGCAUGGUCAUCAACAUGAGGUGCUCGACGUCAGCUCCCGGGGUGUGCUACGUAGGGGACGACCCAUGGGCGGAUGGCGAUGACGACAGCUGUUGGCUAGACGCCAACUUCACCUUCGUCGCCCGAGACAGAGAAACCGGUCGAAGCCGCGCCGUGAGCCCGCUCGACCUCGGAACCGACCCUCUCCAAGACGAACCAGGGGAUGGUAGCGACGGAUCCCCUGGGGAGCGAGACCCAGAACACGGUUGGAGAGCCCUCUGGAGAGUAGUGCAUAGCCACAAGAGCAGGCAGGCACUGGAGAGGAACGCUGCAAAGAAGGGUGCUGCGGCGGAGGGCUUUCUGGAGGUGGAGGCGGCAAGGCUCAAAAGGGAGCAAGAAGCGUCAACUCUUGUCGCUGCCGGUUUUCCUCUACUGCAUCUCCCGGCCCUUGCGAAUCCUCACGCGGUACUUAUGAGCCAGACGCUGACAUCUUCGACUCUCAUCUGCAUGCCCCAGCACCGCAACACCGCGAACCGGAUUUUCGGCGGUUUCCUCAUGCACAGGGCCUACGAGGUGGCCUUCUGCGCUGCCUUCACGUUCGGGGGAUCAAGGCCAAGGUUCAGCGAGAUCGACGAGGUGGUUUUCUUGCAGCCCGUCGAUGUCGGUGAUCUCGUCAAAAUGGACGCCUGUAUCCUCUACACGAAAGAGGGGAAGGAAGCAGGCUCUUCCCCCCAGGCUUGCGUCGAAGUUCUCGCAUCGGUGGUGAGGCCGGAGACCGUCGACUCCAAGGUGUCGAACCGUUUCAAUCUUACGUUCUCCUUCCCGGAGCUGGCAUCGGGGGUAGAGGAGGGCAACCGGCCGUGUGCUGACGGCUUCAGCCAAAGCCCGGCGGCGUUGUUGCGCACGGUGCUCCCCGCGAACGCCACGGAGGCGUCCCGCAUUGUGGCGGCCAAGCACCGGGAUCGCCUCCAAGAUGCUGCCGAUGACAGGGAGGGUUUACCUCGAGGCGGACAGACUGCUCCAGUCGUGAUGCGGCUGGGUGGAAAGUGCUGA